CACGACAUGGCUCUCGUCCCAGCAGGGGACAGGGCUGCUCGCUUGGACCCACCUGUCAAGCUUGGGCUGGAGGGUGGGGGCUGAUCCGCUCCUCCGCGGCUCCGCCACACACUGACCCACCCAUCCAACCACUUCCACGAAUGGCCCUCGCUCUGUGAACUCGUCGGGUUCCAUGGCGGCGCCGUCGCCUAAACCCCCGACACCACGCGGGCGCUGCCACCACCCGCCCAACGCCACCCGCCGCCUCCACGUGGCCACCCGCUGCUUCCCCGACCCACCACCACCACCUGCCUCCAUGCCGCCGAUCCCGAGUCCGAACCCUGUGCUGUCCCUUCUCUCCGCGGUGCCCGACUGGGCCGACGCCAUCCAGGAGCGCCGCGUCCGCGACCGCCGCCCGCUCUACGACCACGCCACCUGGCGGCACCACCGCAGCUCCCGCCGCCACCUGCGCCACCUCCUCACCUCGCUGUCCUCCCGCGCCAUCCUCUCCCUGGCGCCCCCGGUGUCCGCCUUCACCGCCUUCGCCGCCGCCAUCGCCACCUACAACACGCUCCUACCGGCCUACGCGCUCACCGCAUCCUCGCUCCCCUACGAGCUCACUGCGCCCGCGCUCGCGCUCCUCCUCGUCUUCCGCACCGAGGCUUCCUACGCGCGCUUCGACGAGGGACGCAAGGCGUGGAUGCGCGUGCUCGCCAGCGCAGCCGACCUCGCCGGGAUGCUCAUGCGUCAUCCUUUUCCUAACAAUCUGCAUACGGGUGGCGCUCCCAAUCCGGGACCGGGAGGACGACAGGCUGACGACGAGCCGCUCAGGCGCGCGCUCGUCAACUACGUCCUCGCCUUCCCCGUCGCGCUCAAGUGCCACAUAAUUUGCGACUCUGACGUAAAAGGGGACCUUGAGGGCUUGCUUGGCGAAGAUGACCUGAGCGUUGUUCUAGCAUCGAAACAUCGGCCACGCUGUAUUAUCGAGUUCAUCGCACAGAGUCUCCAAAUGCUAGAUCUCGACGAGCAGAAGAGGAGCAUCAUGGUGUCUAAACUGUCUUGUUUUCUUGAAGGAAUCGGCGUUUGCGAGCAGCUCAUGGGGAUCCCUAUCCCUCUCGCAUACACUAGACUUACUUCAAGGUUCCUUGUUCUGUGGCAUCUUACACUCCCAAUCAUACUCUGGGAAGAAUGUAAAUGGAUUGUUGUUCCAGCUACCUUUAUCAGUGCUGCAUCGCUAUUCUGCAUUGAGGAAGUGGGUGUUCUAAUCGAAGAGCCGUUCCCCAUGCUAGCUCUUGAUGCCCUGUGCAAGCAGCUCCACGACGGUAUUAAGGAUGUGAUGGAGAUGCAGAACUCGGUUCACUCGCGACUAGUUGCCAAGACUGCUACGGACCACAGGGGCAGUAGGCGCGAGAACAAUGGUUGGCCUAGCUCCAAAAGAGAAGGAGCCAAGAUUGAUUGAGCACGCAAGGUCGGUCGGGUCGUUGUGAAUUUAUUUGAAGAUAGCAUUGCAAGCAAUCUGUGGCAACCAGAUAUCCAUGAACGAACUGGAGAACUUGUGGACCCCAUUUCCUCCUGCAAUGGUAUGUACCUGUCCUAUGUAAAAUGCACUCGCUACUGCUUGGAUAGCUACUAAAGCCGGGAGCGAGCCUGGGAUUGGGAUUGGGAUUGGUGUAGGGAGGAGUUGCAUCAGCACGUUGGUGUACAUGUGGCGAUGAGUAGAGCAGAUUUAUUAUGUGUUGUAAAUAAUAAAGAAGAAAGAGACACAAAGCUAGCUUAUGUUGUUGUACGUAGCUGUGUGUGUCUAUAGAUAGAGAUAAAUUAGAUAGUAGAUCGUAGUCGAUGGAAACAUACGUAACGGUGUGAUAUUUUGUCGCCCCUGCAACUGCAAGAUUGCUUGCCCACUUGCCCCUGUCCAUGGUGAUGGUUGCUGCCGGUCCUGAGGAUGUGUGGCGGACCUAAUGAUGGAGGAUGAUGCAUGCAAUGCAAUGCAGCCAGCACUUGGGUCGCCCAGGUUGCUUUGCCGGAAUC